AUGUCGCAAGAGGUUGGCGAUUACGUCUUAUUGAAAGAGAUUGGGAAGGGCGCUUUUUCUGUCGUGUACGAAGCGAAGAAAAAGUCUACUGGCGAGUAUGUUGCUGUGAAAGCAAUUGACACUGCAAAAAGUGACCCAGCAAAGUUGGAGGGUGAAAUAAACAUCCUCAAAAAGGUACACCACCCGUAUAUCAUCAAAUUGUAUGAAGUUAUCGACGGGAAGGACGGGCGCAUAUACAUCAUCACUGAUUUGGUGAGGGGUGGCGAACUCUUCGACCGGAUUUCAAACAAAACGUACUACCAAGAAGACAAAGCAAAACUUGUCGUCAAGAGACUUGUGUCCGCGAUCGCGUACCUCCACUCCCUUAACAUUGUCCACAGAGACUUGAAGCCAGAAAAUAUUUUGCUCAAAGAUAUGGACGACGACACUGAUGUCAGAAUUGCAGAUUUCGGCUUUUCUAAAAUGAUCACAGAGGAGGCACAGAUGUUGAUCACGUCAUGUGGGACACCUGUUUAUGUUGCCCCAGAAGUGCUCAACGCAAAGGGGUAUGGUAUGGAGGUUGAUAUGUGGAGUAUAGGUGUCAUCACCUACGUCUUGUUU